AUGCCUCGUUCCCGUGGAGGUGCUGCCCGACCGGCCCCGUCGCGACCGACAGCUCCGGCUCCUGCUCCUCGAUCGGCGCCACAGCAGCAACAACGUCCGAUGACUACCACUGCUGCUCCCCCGACUGCAUCCGCUCAUCAACACGCCCCUCCUGUGCAAGCAUCGCAAGGUCCCGGCCUCUUUGGCCAGAUGGCCAGCACGGCAGCUGGCGUCGCAGUUGGAUCCUCGAUCGGCCACGCCAUCGGCGGCUUCUUCAGCGGUGGCGGCUCUUCCUCGGCGCCCGUGGAGCAACAGCAACAACCCACCGACGCCUACGCCCGCACCGGCGACGCCAUGCCCAACGCCCUGUAUAGCCAAUCGAACUCGGCCGCCGCCGAAGCCUCGGGUCCCUGUGCCGCGGACAUCAAGAGCUUCACCGACUGCAUGAACCAAAACCAGGGCAACAUGACCAUCUGCGGCUGGUACUUGGAGCAGCUGAAGGCGUGUCAGCAGGCGGCGAGGCAGUACUGA